GUCGCAGCGGACUCUUCCCGGGGGAAGGCGAGCGGAAGGGCGGGCAGCGUGGCACCGGGCGGCGCGGCACCGGGCGGCGCGAUCCCCCUACCCCGGGCCUGCGGGGGCUCGUGACGUCUCGACGUGUGUCCCUGUGCAUGUGUUCGGGCUGUCGGCACGCCACGCCCUCCGUGAUCCCGUGCUGCGAACGGUGGGCCGGUGAGCUGUAGCAUGGCGACAUAUUUUCACCGAAUCACUAUGCUUAGGAAAAUGUCGAUACCCAAAGUGUCUGAUCGACUUCUCGAUGACCGAGCUUGGCAGCCCAACUGGACACAAAGGCAGCCCGUACCCGACGGUGGGGGGCAUGACUUCAGGAGAUAAUGAGUUUUCAGGAGAUGGCCACUUUUCACCAAAAGCUGGCACCAGCAAGCUGCCAACAGAUGCGUCUCCUGACUCCAAAUGCCCUAUCUGCCUUGAUAGAUUUGACAACGUUGCAUAUCUAGACCGCUGCUUGCAUAGAUUCUGUUUCAGCUGUGUCCAAGAGUGGUCAAAGAACAAAGCAGAAUGUCCUCUCUGCAAGCAACCCUUUUUUUCCAUCUUCCAUACAAUUCGUGCUGAAGAUGACUUUAAGGAGUACGUACUCAGCCCUUCAGAAACCAGCUCUUUCGCGAGCCCUGAUGGCCGGAGGUUUCGUUACCGCACCACCUUAACAGGGGAACGACGGACUGGCAAUUCCCCUUCUCGAAGGACGCUGUACCCUCUGGAUAAUGGGAUAUUGUUUGAAGGGCUGUCAAGUGAGCCAGUACAGCAGAGGCAUGGAGAGAUUCAGCAGAUGAUGAGGAGGCUGGCCUCAAGGAGACAAGCGAGUGCUGAGGGCAGGUCUCUGCGACAGAUUCAAGAGGAGGACAUGAUCAACUUCCGCAGGGCUCUGUACCGGACUGGGGUGCGUAUUCGCAGUAUUCAGGAUGGCGGCCGCUAUCGAGACAUUUCAGCAGAGUUUUUCCGCCGCAACCCUGCUUGCCUUCACAGAUUGGUUCCUUGGUUGAAGCGAGAGCUUACAGUCCUGUUUGGUGCUCGUGGAUCUUUGGUUAAUAUUGUGCAGCACAUGAUCAUGAGCACCGUGACUAGGUAUGAUCUAGAAAGUCAGGCCUUUGCUGAUGAUUUAAAGCCGUUUUUGCUGAAUCGGACAGAACACUUUUUACAUGAAUUCAUCAGUUUUGCCCGUUGUCCUUUUAACUUAGAAGCAUAUGAUCAACAUGCCAAUUAUGACUGUCCUGCUCCAUCAUAUGAUGAAGCAAGCCGCUCAGACUCGUCAGUUAUUACAAUAUCUCCGGAUAUGGCAUAUCCUCCAGGGACAGAUAACAGUUUAUCUGUGACUGGUCUUGGUCAGGCCCCCUGGGACGAUGAAACUCCAGGGCCUUCCUAUUCCAUUUCAGAAGAGGUUCAUGCAACCAUAGCUUCUCCUCUGGAGACAUCAGGAAGUUCAGAUGAGGGCUCAGCUACAAAGAAUCAAAGGACCAAACUGCAGACUCAGCCCCAGGCUAACACCGACUCAAACAGCAGUGACUCUUCCUCAGACAAUUGUGUUAUUGUUGGGUAUGUUAAGCCAUUAGCUGAGAGGACACCAGAAGUGGUUGAGCUGUCCUCGGACUCUGAGGAGUCCAUCAGGGAAGAGAAAAAGGAAGAUACAAAGAAACAGCAACCAAUCCAGUGUCGCAACUGGAGUGACAGUGAACCAAGCAGGAGUUUAUCACCACAUUCCCCCACAUAUAAGGAGGAUGUAGGUAGUUGCAGAAGCUGCUUAUCUCCUGCAGUUGAGAAGACAGAGUCAAAAGAUGAUACGAAGAGCAAAUGUAAGAUCAAAAGUCUGUCUCCACGGGACUUGAGCUGGAGUGUCUCUCCAGGGAGUGACACAGUAUGCUUCCCUUGGAGUCACAGGUUGUCAAGAAAGAGGAAGUCCAGGAGCCCACGGUCUUGUUCACGGAACAGUCGAGGUAGUCAUGGCCAUCGGUCUAGGAGGAAGCAUCGGAGCAAGAGCCAGCCUAAAAAAAGACGAUCAAGAAGCAGAGACAGCAGCAAACACAGGAGCAAAAGAAGAAGCAGGAGGUCAAGGGUUCAUGACAGUAAAGUCUCUCUAAGUCGUGAGAGCACACUGUCCAGAGAAGUAAGUAGAUCACGAUCACGUAGCAAAGGUCAUGGCAGAAGAUCGAGAAGCCGAGACAGUGACCGUUAUUAUGUAAGAGACAGUUAUCAAAACAGAUACCAGUGGGGUUAUGCUUUCUGCAGUCGAAAGCCAUUCGGAGAUGGCUAUGAGUCUUCCAGGAGGAGAACUCAGUCCAAUGCCCUCUAUUCAAGGCACACUGCUAGUCCAGAGUACAGGAUACGAUCAUUUAUUGAAAGGACAGAUCCACAUGGCCAGAGAGGACUUCAUGAGAGACAUUAUUACUGUUAUGAAAGAUGCAGGUCAAGGAGCCGGUCAAGCAACCGGUCAAGGACCCCUUCUGGAGGGACUGACAGAAUGAAAAGUGAAAAACCUGGUGGAAAAAGGAAGUACAAAACUCGCCACUUGGAGAAUACAUUAAUGGAGAGCACAAGUCUAGAAAGAGAAAAUGACUCCAAGAAAACUUGCUCAAAAUUCAAUGACUGCUACAAAAAUGAAGACAGCUUUUCAGACAAUCGGGCAAGCGGCGAGACGAAGCGUAAGAAAAAGAAAAAAUACGUGAGAAGUCCAAGUGUGGAAAUAGUCUAUGAAGGUAAGGCAACAGACACAACAAAACAUCUUAAAAAGAAAAAGAAAAAGCAUAAGAAGAAACACCGGAGACAUCAUGUGAAUAAUUCUGCACAUUCUUCUCCAAUGGUGAUUACGAUUGAUAGCGAUAGUAGCAAGGAGGCAGAAAGUACCGAAUGUGACAGGAAUAUUACCUGGACAGGCACAACUCGGAUAAAUGAGAGGGGAAAUGAGUCUCCAUCUUCUUUUCUGGGAAGGACAGGAUGUGGAGAUGUUUACAGAGUUGAUGGUGAAGCUGGAGGAGCAGCAAAAAAGCAUGGUAUUCCUUCCAGAAAAGGGGACUUAAAUGAUGACAUUAGAAACGCUGAUCUUGAGCUUCGAGAAACAGCAGCAGAUCGGAGUAUUGUAGGGGAUACCAGCAGCAACAGCCCUCAUUCAGAAACUGUAACCAGCUAUGUUCAAGAAGCACCAGCAGCGCCUUCCAGUCAACUGCCUUCGCCCAGGAUUUCCUUCCUAGAAUGUCCAGAGAGACAACCGUUGAUACUAAGACUGCCAAAGAGUCUUGUCAACACGUCCUCUUGGUUUGAUUUCCCAGAAGAAAAAAUGUAGCACACUUUCCACCGAACACUUCUUAAAAUUGUGAUGUUCUAACUGCUUUUUUUUUUUUCCCUUUAGAAAUAAGAAAAACACCUGGUGUGAUUUGUGUGUGUAAAAAGAUGUCUGGGAAAUGUAUUAAAACCUUUGAAUGUGUAUGCACUUUUAAGUCAAAGAAUACUCCUAGUACAUAACUUGUAAAGUUUCUCAGAAGACUCUUUGGAAGUUCUAAUUUCGUAAAGCCAUUGUGUAUUCUUGUAGUAUGUAAAAUAUAUCCAUAGAGUAUUUCAAAGUUUUGUCUAGAACAAAAAAGGAGUCCAAACCAAAAGCCAGAAAUUGCAUUUUAUGGGGAUUGUUUUUCCUAGACAGAGGAAAAAUUGCUUUUAGGCUGAAUUCUACAUUAAUUUUAUUCUAUUUGAUUUAAGAUGAUAGUGUGCUGAAAAGUAGUCAGCAAUUUCUAUAUAGACUUGUCCUUAGGACUUCCGGUAUUAUAGAAGUGAACUACAUGAAAUUGCAAAUAAAGCAAUAAGACUUUUUUAAAAA